AUGUCGAAGAGUCUACGCUCAAUACUCGGCGGCGGGAACCGUGUCAGAAAGGCCUCGCGGCCGUCGGCCGCCUCUCGACCAGGCAGCAACAACAGCGCCGCCGCUUCGCAGUCUACUGCACAUUCACAGUCACCCUCGCCACGCAAGCAACGCACGCCCUCUGUGCGACCACGCGGAGGACAAGACGACGUCGACGCCGAGUUUUUCCCGGAGAAACUGGAAGACGCCGGCGGCCUCGCAACGCUGCUCGCGACGGAGCUCACCCUGCGCGACGUUGUCCAAGCCAUGCGUUACAUUCGCGCGCACAUGUUUUCCCCGGUGCCGGAGAUCGGCUUCACUUCCACGCGCCGCACUGAGUUGCUGAAUUACAGGUGCACCUUGCCGCCGCUCGUCACCGCUGGUCAUGUGCACGCCAUCCUCGCUGGGAACGGCCCCACGCGCGUCGAGCGCGAGAUCGCCGAGCUGCUGGGCCGGGGCGUUUUGCGCCGCGUGCGUGUCGAGCGUCGUGGUGGCGGCGGCGAGGCCCUCGUUGAGACGUCGCAGCUCGUCGCGCUGCUGCACGCUGCGCGCGCCGUGUCCGUGGCCACCACGGAGGCUUACACGACGUUUCUUGAGCGCAAUCCGACGGCGCAGACGCUGGGGAGUGACGUGCUGACGGAUGCGCAGACGGACGAGCUGGUGCGCGCGGGGUUUCUCACCAGUGCCGCGACGAGGGCGACGCCGGGGACGACGCUGCAUGUGAGGCCCGAGGACCGCACGACGCUGACGUCGAUUCAGCACGCGGCGAGGUCGGCGUCGGGCACGCUGUCGGCCGUCGGGGGGCAGAACGCGCUCCACAACGCCGGCGGCAGCGGCAGCGGCAGUGGCGGCUUUCUGUCCUCAGCGGCGGCCGCCGACUGCUACCGCGUCGCGGUCCCUGGGCACGGCCGCCACCUCAAGCUCGCUGAGGCGGCGCUGGACUGGCUCCGGGAGACGCUGGGCCGCACAAAAUGGGGCGAAGGCCCGGAGGACUGGCUGCGGGAGCGGUUCGAGGGUGGGGGCUUGUAUGGACCGCGGUGGAAGGAGUUUCAAGGCGCCGAGUGGGCAUGGGUGCUGGGCGAGGCCGUCGGGCUGGGCGUAGUGGAGGUUUUCCAGACGGGGUCGGUUGGACGUGGGGUGAGGGCGCUGGGAGGCUAA